AAAAAAGAAAUGAAAAAGAAAAAGAAAUGAAAAUAAAAAAUCUCCCUCCUGAAACAAAAAGAAAAAGAAAUGAAAAGAAAAAAAUGAAGGGAAAAGAAAGAAAAAAGACAAAAGGAAUAAAAAAUAAAGAAAAAAAAAGAAAUAAGAAGAAGAAACAAAAAAAAAGAAACAAAUGA